AUUUCGCGGAGAUUUUGAAUGGCAGUGCUUGUGGGAGGAAGUGUGUGAUGUUCUAGCUUUGGGGGAUUCUGCAAAUAGUGUGAAUUUCGCAAGAUGUUCCGCAUCGAAUCCUACAUAACCCCCAUCAUCCUCAGUCACAUCGAGAAGUACGUGAGGAAUAUCCGGCCACAGGAUGCCCAGCUCUCCCUGUGGAACGGCGAGUGGGCGUUCCAAAAUCUCGACUUGCGCCUCGAUGUGCUGGAAGAGGAGCUCAAUUUGCCCUUCAUCUUCCUCUCCGGGCACAUUCAUGAGCUCAUCAUCCGCGUGCCGUGGACUAAGAUCGCCUCUGAACCAGUCACGAUCACCAUCAACACGAUAGAGUUCGUGGUGAAGCUCAAGGAUCCGGACGCGGGCAGUGCGACGCCGGCCAGGGAGAAGGUGAAGAAGAAACCGGUGAAGGAUGAGGAAGUGCAGGCUCCGCCCGGAUACGUGGCCAGUCUGGUGAAUAAGAUCGCCAACAACAUCUCAGUGCAGUGCCACAAUAUCAUCUUCAAGUACCUGGAGGAGGAUAUUGUGGUCUCCAUGAACAUCCAGCUGCUCUCCGUCGACUCCGCGGAUUCGGAGUGGAAUCCUACGUUCAUUGACAUCUCGCCGACAAAGGUGCUUCUGCGAAAGAUUGUGAGGAUUAGCGAUCUGACAAUUUGCCUGGACAAGAGGAACGAAACUGGCAUAAUUGAUGUGUGCCAGGAGCCAAUUCUGUACAAGUGCUCAAUGGAGAUGCGCUUCCUGCGACGUUACAACAUCUCCACACUACAUAAAUCUUCGGUUGUGCGCGUAGAUGUGCACACGGACUGCAUAGACCUGAACAUUUCCUCGCUGCAGUUCCCGAUGGUGAUGCGGCUCCUGAAUUUGAUGCUGGUGCUGAAGCAGGGGAAAUUGAGAGCCAAAUUAGGUGGCAGUGCGAGUGCAGAAUCCAACCAGGAUGCAGAUCAAUCGGAUGAGAACGGAGAAUCGAUUUUCUCGUGGGCAUGGAAUCUGUUGCCGUCGAUAUUCCCAGACGAGGAACUCUCGGAAGGUGGUGAGGAGAAUCAUGGGCAUGUUUUCCACUGUGGAACUUACGUGAACAAGCUGAAGGUAACUUUUAAGAAUCAAGAGAUCAUCAAUGACUCGAUCGUUCACACCACGAAGAAGAUCAAGUACAAGCCAAUGCUCACCAUUGAGCUGACUGGAUGCUACAGCGAUACGAUUCUGGUGGGGAAUCGAUGGUUCUCGAUGACGGGUGGUUGUUCGGCAAUUGAAAUCUUCCCCAUUGGAGAUUGCGUGUGCGGACAGCGUCAACUGCUGACGGGAUUCAUAGCGACAGAACAGGGAAUGGGAACGAACUAUCUCGAGGGAUCUCUGAAGGAUCCCACAGCUGAUGAGAACCUUGACAUUUACAAGACCUACAACAUGCUGUGGGAUUACUACUACCUCAAGCACACCGAGAAGAGUCUCUUGGCCAAGACACCCGGCCUGGCCUUCGAUAUGGUGCACACGGUGGAGAUUCCGGAUGACAUUGCCAGGAGUUCUGACAUUGGAAGUGAUCUGGAGUUCAGUGAUUUGUCGGAAAAGUGUCUCUACAGAGCUUUUGUGGGGCCCUUGACUGUUCGCUACGGCACUGGCUUCUCCCAUUUGGUAGACACCUUCAAGAACUACGUGAAUCUCUACAAUUACACACCAUACGUGGAGGAGAAACCACCAUUGACUCUCGCUCAACUCUCUCCGGCAUCCACAGAUGACUAUGAUGCCCUCAUGUCAGAGAUUCCUUUUCGCGUGUUCGAGGUCACCGUGCAGAAGCCAAUACUGGAAUUUUACACGCGGGAUCACGAGAAAUUGCCUAAAAUUGGGAAAAAGAAGUAUUCCUUGCCUCAGAGACUGGAUUCCUUGCCGCUUGGAUUGGCAAUUGAGCCCAAUUUCACACUUCAUGCGGAGCGAAUUGAGGCCAAAACAGUGAGUCCAAUGUAUCCAAAUCGUCUGGUUCACACGACAUGCCAACUUCCUGAUCCUCCAGCGAAACUCUUUACAGCAUGCUAUACAAAGAUUGAAGCAGAGGCCAAGAGGAUUGAGAUUGUUUUGAGGAAGGGUGAAAGUAGAAAGAAGGUGAUAGAAAUACCAGAAGUUAUUUGUGCAUAUUCAGAUCUCUUGCUGCCCGAAUUGUGGGAGAAAGAUGAUAUAUUUCACACCAUAGCAGAGAUGUCCAUCAAGAAACUGAAGAUGGAAUUCAACAGACUGCAAGAGUUGUUCUUCCGAACAUCUAUUCGAGAUUUGCUGAUGACGGAGACUGGCCAAAUGGAUGCUUCUGAGGAAUUGUUUGACAGCAAUUUGCCUCAAAUCUCCCUGGAAUUGGAUGGGAUUACAGCUACGAUUAACAAGACACGAUGCACGAGUGUCUUCACAGGCAAUCUGUCCUCUGUGACAGCAAGUAUUUGCAUUCCGGGAAUCUCCCAUGAAAGUCCUGUGAUUGCACAGCAUGAGAAGGAGCACUUCGCUUCGAUGGUUUUGCAAAUAUCACACAAUCCGUCACGAGUGGUUCAUCAGCCAAUUCUAUCAUUCCAAAUAUCCGGAGUCGUUGUGAAUUUCGACCCUCUGCUGUUUGAGUUUUUCACCCACAAGUACAGCAACAAGCAUCAGGAUUUGUCCAGCUCAAGUAAAUUCGAUGCUCUUUUCCCACCAAUUUCUGAUACACCAAAAAAGACAAUAUCUGAGAAGAUUCUCAAGCGACCACCGCCAAAAGUGUUGGAAACUGUGCAUAGUAGUUCAGAGAAGAACACAACAAUUGUGUUCACAAAGCGAAAGGACAUUCCGAAGAAGCAAGUGAGUCUUGUUGAGAUUUACUCACUGUGGAAGAAUCUUGUAAUAGCCGGCGAGGUGAAGUCAUCCAAGAUUGUCUUCCCGCGCGUAAGCUUGAAGAAGGAGAAGGAUGAGGAGACAAUAAUGGAUAUUUUGCGGCGGAGAGAUAACUUUGAAAUUGUCAUUUUACAAUUUCCUCGACUUGCUGUGCAAUCAACAGGGAAUAAGAUUCCCUUCCCGCUUCUUAGAGAAAACUUCCCCAUUGCUUUGCAGUGGGACAGGGAAAAGGACACUUUUCCCUGGAGCUUGGUUCUGGCUGAGUUCUCGUGUAGUGUAAUGGAAAAUGGGGAAGAAUAUGUCUGCUUGGCUCCUGCCAGAACCAACAUAUCUCUGGCCAUCACGUACAAGACUCCAGAGUUGGACAAAGUGGAGAGUCCAUUUGCUGUUGUCUUUCACAUAGAUAUCGCUCCGCUCAUAUUUAGAAUAUCAGAGAGUCAAGUGAAGCUUCUCGUGAGUACUCUGAGGAAUUUCUUGUCGCUGCCCAUGAUUGCGAAUUUAAUGAAGAUGGAGGAGAAUCCGGGAAACAACUUGGAGAUUGCCCAGAGACCCAUAAGUCCGGAGACUGAUGUGGAUAUCAAGGAAUUCCUGGGCAUGAAGACCACAUCUACGCAUGAUAUGUCCAGCGAUACGACUGAAGUUCUGAGAGAUGAUCGCGCAAUAUCCAAGAUCUCAGUGUGGCUGCAAUGGACAUUGACGAGGCUGACGCUGAAGUUCUACAACACUGCGCCGGAUGGUGUGAAGCAGAAGUUUGAAUUGGAACUGGAGGACAUCAUUUCCAGUGUGGAUUUGCGUGAUAUCUACGUGAAGUUGAAGGCUAAAAUCGGUUCCUUCGUGGGAAGUUCCUUUCUAUUGGAUGAGUCAAAGACUUGGCGGAAGAAUCCUCUGAUGGGAAUCUGUGGUCGAGCAACUGAGAGUUCAGAUCCGAACGACACAUUUCUUGAUUUGACUGUGACGAAGGCUGAGACUGGAAGUGUUCACACGAAAUGGGGAACUUCCCGGAAGAAUCGCAACCUCAAUGAGAGUCUAACGGAAGUGAUGUUGAAUAUGCAGCAAAUCGACAUGAAGGUUGAUCUUGAUUCACUUCACAGUCUUGUGGAUGUUCUCAAGACGCUGCUGAGGAGUGAAAGUGGCACAAAUGACGCUGGCGUUCGCAGUGUUGAUAGCAUGCCUCUGAUCUACUUUCAGAGCAAGGGCUUUAGGAUUUUCGUGCCAAUUGAGAAUGACACAGAGAACUGCAAUGUGUACAUCUUGAAGGUGGGACAAGUGAGUGUGGCUCCAGCUGUGGAAAAUCCCCUGUCAAGGAUGCCAGUUCGACCGGAUAUCUACACCAAGGCUGCCCAGCUGAGGAUCCUCAAUAUUCCCGGGUCGAAAAUUGAAGAUCGUCAGUACGAACUCAUGCUGAAGAGUAUCACAAUUGGCACGGGAAAUUGGGGAGAAGUGAUUGGAUUGAUGGAGGGCACGUCAAAAGGAUCGAUUGUGUACAACGAGAAUCCCGCCUUUGUGUGGAAUAAUCAGGCUAACAAAGCCGCCGUGGACAUAAGUGCAAUAUUCAAGGACUUCAAUUGUUCCCUAGUCUUCGCGCCGUGCAUCGUAUUCAACAACAUUCUCGUGUGCGGUCAAGGAGUGGAGUUCAACUCCCUCACAGAUCUCAUUCUUCAUUUGAAUACGAAUCAAGUGAGAGUUGGUCUGAUUCUGCUGCAGAAGCUGAAGACACUUGGAGAGGCUUUUGCUAUGCCAUCAAAGCGUGAGGAGUGUUUGAGGAAGAAGGCUGCUGUGAAGAUAUCUUUGAAAUCAUCAAAGCUGAAAAGAGUUCAUGAAAAACCCGAGUCAGACAUCAAAGAUUCUGGCUUUGAGUCCAUCGAGGUGGACAAAAAGUCCACAACAGAGACGAUAAAGGAGAAGGCAAUCAGCAAAGCUGUUAUUCCCUACGAUUUGUCCUUCGUCGGUGGAGUUUUCACCAUCAAUCUGUACCACCAGCAAUCUCCUCUGACCACAGUGUCUGUGUUCCAGCCCAAUCUCUUCAUUACCCAGGGAGUUUACGAGAAGACCAUCCAAAUGAGUGUAUUUGAUAUGAAAUUGGCACUGUUUAGAGAGCAGGAGAAAGAUGAGUUCAGUGAAGUGAUUUUCCACACAAGCAAAGGUGAAUUGGACGCCAUGGGAAUUCCUCCGUCAAUCUUCAAAGUCAGACUGCAUCAGAACAUUUCCAAUGAGUGCAACCUCACCAUUCAAUUAGGACGUCACAUGAAAGUUUCCGUGUCUGACAAAUCCUUAAGGAAAAUCCUGGAAGUGCGAACAGUAAUGCAGGAUAUAAUGGACUGUGAUUUCUUUGCAAAAUCAAAUCCAGACCAAAGAAUAUCUACAAUGCGAAAGCCAGCCAAUGCUAUAAAAUUCAUCAAAUCUUCAUUUUUGGGAUGUGAUAGUCUCUUGCUAACGCUUUCCCAUCUGGAGUUAUCGGCCAAAGCGGAGAGUGAAGAAAUCAAGGCUGUCGCAAAGGAUUUUUCAGUCAAAGUGAAGCUUUUCGAGAGACCAUCACGAGUUCAACUGGAUGUUGUAUUGAAGGUCCUCACAAUCAUUACAGGAGAGCACACUUUUCUCCAUCCAAUGUCUUUCAUCUUCAACACCAGUCUCAUUCGUGAGGUGUGGCAGAAGACUCCAGUGUGCACUUGUCACUUCUCCACGAAGUAUGUUCAGUUGGACGUGGGACCAGAGAAUUUUCUCAUCUUGCAGAAGAUCAAGGAGUCUUUGUUGGAGUGUUCAAAGGGCUUUGGGAUUGUGGAUGGUGACAAUGAAGCAUCGUCGGAGAUUUCUCAACCAACAGAUGCAGAUUUGGAGAAUAUUACGCCAAUAAAACUGCCCAAAUUCUCUGGCAAGGACGACGGCAGGGUCUCAGAGGAGCACUACAGAGACGAUCUCAGAGCGGGCGCUUUUCAGUUCAUUGAAGUUCACCAGAGUGACGACAAUUUGCCGCUACCUUAUCAGAUUCAAAUCAUCAAUCGUGACGUGGGGAUUAUUUGCUGGCGCUAUCCUCAACCGAGGGCCCUCAAGAAAGUCGAUGUUUUUCCAGUUCCAUUUCCGACACUGUCACCUGUGGAGAUUCGUUGCACAAUGGAGUAUUAUUCUGAAGCUCAUGGACACUUUCUUCAUCACUGUGAGUUCACUUUGUCAGAGAGUGAGAUGAAGACACUGGAAAUGCCUAGGGCGAGGAUAACAGCGUCAAUCUGGCGAGUGGUGAUGUCCAGUCCAAUGGUGUCUGUGGAUGGAACGUUCUUCGAGGAGGAGAGCUCGUCGGCUGAGGAGGAGAGUCUCUUGACGAAUCGCGAGCCCUUCAUCUACAAUAUCAACGAUAUUCUGCAACGAGUGGAGACAGACAAGCCAGGAAAUGCCUCUGUAUUCAAUCUCCAUCCAAAGAUUCUCGUUGCAUGUCUGAGAAUUGAUUCUGUCUUCAAUCCAGCCUUGAUUGCCAAUUUGAGGGGGUGCAUUGACAUUGCUCAAAUUGAGAUCAACCUGAUGAAUCACAUCUCACGGCGACCUGUGAAAAUACCAUCUGUGAUAAAGGGCUUCAAUCCCACCGGAAGCAUCACGCCCUGUCACUCCGUUGGCUUGCUCAGGAUUCUCAAUGCCAAAGCACAUGUGAAUAUUUUCGACGAGUGGAAUUUGUCCCUGGGAGUGGAUCUGAUGGCUGAGCUGUGCAUUCUCGACUAUAGUUAUCUCAUAAGUUAUCCCGUGAUUGAGAAUGCUAGGAUUUCUGCAGCUAUUGAGAAAGACUGCGAUGCAGUGGCAAUUAAUGUGCUGUCAGAGCCUAUCAGGGUGAGAUUUGGCCCUUCGGUGGGACAUGCUUUGGCCACUACACACUCGCUCUGGACGCUGUCGCUUCAGAACAGCCAAGAGCCAAUGGAGAUGAUUCUCGUGACAAGAUUCUUGAUAUGCAACGCCACAAACAUUCCUCUGAUAUUUGGACAAACAGAAACUGACGAGAGAAUCUCGCUGCCAGCGAAAGUGUGUCACUUUUAUGUGUUUCGCAGCGAGAAGAAGGAGCAAAUGAUUACUUUCACAGUGGAUUGUUGGAUUGAUCCACCACUCCAGUCAGAAGCCUGUGAAAUCUCGCGAGAAGGCACGAAGUCUGUAAAGCUUUCCAACGGUGGCGUUCUAAUUGUGGUGAUCGAGAAGAUAUCCGCAACACAGCGCAAGAUCACACUUAAGGGACAAAUGGAGGUGUUCAACAUGAGCACAGAAGCUGUUGUUGUGCAGUUCAGGAGUCCUGAAAACUUGACUGACAUCCUUUUGCCGGGGAGAAAAUCUUCUAGUGCACUGAAUAUUUUUCCACACGGAGAAUUGCCACAUUCUUUGCGAAUGCGAUUGAAUCAGGAAGGCUGGUCGGGUGAAAUUCCCCUGAAGGAGACAGGAAAGAAUCUGCCGUGGCUGGUGAAAGUGCCCUACAAGUCCUCUUUUGUGAGUUUCUGGCUGAGGAUCAUUCGCGAAGAGCAGCAUCCACGUAUCAUAAUAGUGGUGUGGCCACUAUUUGUGCUGAAGUCUAAUCUGGGCAUUAGCAGUACGAUUUACGAAGCAAAAUGUGAUAAGAGCUUUUCCAUUCCUGGCAGAGGAGCUGUGUCAGAGCUCAGCUUCCCAGGAACACAUGAGGAUGAGCACAAUUUGCAGUUCAACGCGAAAUUUGUCUCAGCUCAUGGAGAGGAUAGAAGAGACGUGAUGUUGUCUUAUCGCGCCAUUGAGAAGAAUAUGAUCUUUCAGGGUGUGAAUCAGGGGGAUUUCGACAAGAUGAUUGAGAGCUUGGAGAAUUGCCUGGUGGAGCCAAAGUCAUCUUGGCCGUGCGCGCGCGAAGAGGAGCUUCUGUGGGAGAGAAAGGUGAAGAAUCAAGGUGCCACGAUUCCUAUCUAUAAGUUCUCCGCGAGUCAUCCGAAUUCCAACUGUCUGAUGCUGGAAGUUUCCUCCUGGUGUCUUUUUAUCAAUUCGACGGAAUUCGAGACAAAGCUGACCAGCUGGGAUGACAAGCAAUCCACAACGGCUCGCAGCAAUGAUGUGACAAUGCUUUUUGGCUCAAGUGAGCCAAUCAAGAUGAAUCUCUCGAUGGAAUCGUGCUCUAUCUCGCUGCCGCCAGUGUCCUUCAGUGCAUCUGAUAAGAAAGUGACUCAGAGUAUAAUUCUACCCGAUGCUGGAUCUCUGCCGAUGGAAGUGGGAUUCGAGUGUGGAAUAUGCAAAGUGCAAUUGACAUCCGUGCAGGAUAAUUCAUCACGUGUUGUGAUCCUCUCGAGUCACUUCAUCGUGUCCAAUUUCACAGGAUAUGAUCUCAGGAUAUGGGCAUUUGCAAUACAGAAUCAGGACAGAAAGACUCUAAUCAAGCCAAAUGACGCUGUCAACGUGGGAAAUUACACGAUCCCUCCGCAAUCUGGGCAGCAUUCGAAAGGAGUGGCGCUCACAGCAUUCUAUGAUCUGUCGCCAAAGAGGAAGAAACCGGCCAAGAGUUACAACUACUUCUUGGCCAUCAGGUGCUCAGAAGAUGGAGAAUUCUCCUGUCCCGUCCAUCUGAACGAAGCAAUAAACUGCAAAUCCGUCAGUCUUCCAAAGGAUAACAAUUACAUUCCGUUGAGGAUUUCUCUGAUUAAGCGACAAGAUCAGAGCUUCAUUACCAUCCAUGAGGAUCCGUAUCCCAGAAUGUGGAUUGAAAAUUUCACAGAAUACAGUGUUUAUGUGGCCCAGGCGGAUUCGGUGACGGUUGGCAAGACACCUGUUGCCGUCCGAGAGUGCUUCGAUCAGCACUUUUCCUGGUAUCAGAUUGUCCCUUUCAACACGAAGAUUCCCUACACUCCACCACUCGUCGAUCGCGCCUUUCCCGACGAUUCCCCAUCGGAUUUCGGUCUCAUCUUUGCCUUAGUCACUGCAGGUACAACAAUUCGAUGGUCAGUUCCCAUGUUGGUGAAUGAGAGGAAGCAUGUCUUCCUCACAAUUCCGCUGUGUGGAGAUCUCAAGGUCUCAGUGGACACUCGGUGGAAGUCUACGAGGAUCUUCAUUGACUACAUAAGUGCUAAUCUUGAAUUUUCGGCUCGGGAUAUUCGCUCGAGGCUCCUGAAUCCCACCAGAGCACCCGAAGUGCCUGACGUCAUGUCUCAAGACAAGGUGAUCUCCACGAGGAAGAGUCUCCAAGAGGAAGUGGCUGUGACGUCUCUAUCAUGCAAUGUCCUCGUGAAGGAGAUCAAUCUGGUGCUUUACUACGAUCAAGAGGAGGGGAAUGCCCUCAAGAAUGAACUUAUCUCAAUCAGUGUGGAUAAUCUGGUGGUGAGAUUUGAGAACAAGACACCGAGGAUGAAAAUAGGGAUUGGCAAUAUACAAGUGGACAAUCAGCUACAUUUUGCAGGAAAGUUUGACUUUCCGGUGGUUUUGUGUGCGGAAAAGCCUCAGAAUUCACUGAAAAAUGUCUCUUCACCGCUCACACUGCAAAGUAAUCUCGCUUCUGGUCAGAAUGAGUUUCUCUGCGAAGUGUCAGUGGAUUUCUACGAAAGGGAGUUUGUCAUGAGAGCCAUCCAUUGUCACAUGAAUCCUAUUAAGGCGUACAUUGAGGACACUUAUAUGAAUGCCCUGUUGGACUUCCUGGUGGAGUGUCUGCCCACGAAUAUCGUGUAUAAGACUCCAACGGAGAUUGUGAGAGAAACGUGUCCGAGAGGAAUUGUAAUUCUUCCCAACGAGAUCGUCAAUCAUGCUGUGCGUCUAGCCAAGCCUCUUCAGCUGGAAUCCCUGCGAAUCGACAUUGUCCACGUGCUCCUUUCCGUGCACACUUGCGUUCGAUUCUACAUUGCCUUGGAUCACAGUCCGCUGGUGUUUUCGGCGUUUGAGCGCAAGAACAUCAACACACAAAUGAUGCGACUGGGCUACUCACUGGGCAUGCACUAUCUCUCGGGAGCGAUCUUCGGAGCUGGCUGGGUUGUGGGAAGCCUAGAGAUUCUCGGCAGUCCCAGUGGCUUGGCUCGAUCUGUGUCCACGGGACUGCGAGACUUUGUGUCACUUCCCGUUGAGGGACUCUUCCGUGGCCCAUGGGAUUUCCUCGUGGGCGUCACACUCGGAUCGGCGUCCCUCGUGAAGAACAUCACGGCCGGCACGUUGAACUCUGUAACAAAACUCGCGACAUCCGUGGCGCGAAAUCUCGAUCGAUUGACACUGGAUGAGGAGCAUCUUCAGCGAACUGACGCUCUUCGACGGUAUCGACCGCAGGGUUUGACGCAGGGAUUUGCGCAGGGUCUCACGGACUUUGGGAUAUCACUGCUGGGCGCGAUUGGUGGCAUUGCAAGGCACACGCUCGAGGCGAAGUCCGCCACUGAGGUGUUCACGGGUGUGGGAAAGGGGCUGAUGGGGGUGAUCUUGAAGCCGAUCAGCGGAGCAGCUGAGCUCGUGGCGCUCACGGGUCAAGGAGUGCUUCACAGUGUUGGCUACAACGCCUUACCCAACUGUCGAUCGCCAGGAUGUCUCAUCAACAUGUCAGGCACGCCGACGAGCACGAAGAUCGCAUGGAAAGUGCUGCCGCCGACAUUCGCGAAUGACGCCACACUUUUCUCCGUCCACAUCACACUGAUCACGAGCGAUCACGGAUUGAGAGCCACUCUGCUCACGGUGAGCACGAAAAUUGUGACGCUACUGGACGUGGCGCAGGAUGAAUUGAUCCAAAUCAUCCCCAUGGAGAAGAUUCAGAUGGAGAUUGACGAGAAUGACGCCACAAUUGUGAUAUUAAAGAUAGUGGCGAAGGCUAGCAAGAAGGCGGAUGAUGAUGCAUCGAUGAAUCAAUAUCCUGUUCAUAGUCGCGUUCGUGAGUACAUUCAGCGAUCUCGCGAGCAACUGCCCGUGUAUUCAGACCAGGCGUCUAUUCACAGCGUGGAAGAGACUGACGAGGAUCGCGAGGCUAAUGCAGAAAGCCUCUCCUUCUACAUUCACUCGCACUUGGGACAGCACUUGGUCAGCUAUGUGAACUUCUUGCGGACCAUUCAAUCAUGA